AAAGCAACCAACAGAGAUAAGAGUCUGCAAGGCUAUAUGCAACAGCCUUUUUCACUGCAGUUGAAUGUGUACAGACUAACAGAAUGGUUUUCUCUUUAAGUACCUGAACCAAUUCUUCUUCCUUUUUUGAACAUUCUAAAAUUAUGAAUUCCACAGUGCCUUGGGCACUGCCUCUGCUGUCUGGUUUGGUCUAAGGAAAAAAAAUGUGAGGUUGGUACUAAAGACGUGCCUUUCCUGACGUCUCUGCUGCUUGGAACCGCUUCUAGAGCAGUCUCUGCUUUUGCCUUGCUUGCUGCCCAGCUAGACUACGACGACUGCACAUCUACCCUCCAGCUGUAGGCCAGCUCUACCCCCACCUAUACCUAGAAUUGAGCAAAACCAUCCUCAGUACCAGGCAAUGCCCUCUGCUGCUUUACUGUAGACACAAAACUUUAUCAUUAUUGUUAUUCUUUUUUUUGGGUUUGUUUUUUCCUCUCUGAAAAAGGGAGUUUCCACAACCAGUAAAAAAAGACUGAGUCAAAUGUAAUAUUAUUGCUGUUCAUGCUGCAUAUUUAUAUGCCAAGCUAAUUAAUAAUGAAUUGCAACAUAAAAUUUGGUUGCUAAUUCAGCUGUGGGGGAGAUUCAUUUUCAGAGAACUCUACUGGAAGCCAUUUGAAACGCCAGCGUCAGCACAGGCUCUGCCGCAUUUCCAUGCUUCUGGUUGGGCUCCAGUUUGGCACUAAGAAUGGGUUACUAGCUCAAGGCUAGAUUCAGGUCAGAUUGUUGGAUACAUACAGUACAUCUCUUUGGCUUAAAGUGGAAAAUUGCUCUGGGUUGAUAGCUCUUGGCUGUGUCAGCUUGCACAGAAGACACUUUAGAAAAGUUUAAAAGAAAAUUUCUGAAUCUAUCAAUUAAAAACAAAGCCAUUUUCUAUUUUUUCUAAAUUGUUCAUAUUUUUUAAUUUGGCGCAAUACACCAUAGAUUGCCUGGCUUUUUUAUUUAUUUAAUUUUUGCUUUUCUUUUCAAAAUUCAACUACCUGUAAAGAUCAAGCAUGGCAGUUAAUGUCACGCCAAUCCGGGAUACAAAAUGGCUUACACUGGAAGUGUGUAGAGAGUUCCAAAGGGGGACUUGCUCACGACCAGACACCGAAUGUAAAUUUGCACAUCCCUCAAAAAGUUGCCAAGUUGAAAAUGGAAGAGUAAUCGCCUGCUUUGACUCUUUAAAAGGCCGCUGCUCACGAGAAAACUGCAAAUAUCUGCACCCUCCCCCUCACUUAAAAACCCAAUUGGAAAUAAAUGGACGCAAUAACCUAAUUCAGCAGAAAAACAUGGCAAUGCUGGCACAACAGAUGCAAUUGGCCAAUGCCAUGAUACCUGGUACUCAAUUACAACCUGUGCCAAUGUUUUCUGUCACCCCUAGCCUUGUUACCAAUGCCACAGCAGCCGCAACAGCUUUCAACCCUUACCUUGGGCCUGUAUCUCCUGGCCUGGUUCCAGCAGAAAUCCUGCCUACUACUCCAAUGAUAGUAACUGGGAACCCUGGUGUUCCUGUGCCUGCUGCAGCAGCAGCUGCAGCUCAGAAACUUAUGCGAACUGACAGACUGGAGCUAUCAUUUCAGGUGUGGCAGGGCACCCCCUGGCAGCUGUGGCACACCUUCACAAACCAGGCCAGACAACAGGUAUGCAGAGAGUAUCAGCGUGGGAACUGCACAAGAGGAGAAAAUGACUGCCGCUUUGCUCAUCCUGCUGACAGUGCAAUGAUUGAUACCAAUGACAACACAGUCACUGUUUGCAUGGAUUACAUAAAAGGGAGAUGCUCCAGGGAAAAAUGUAAAUAUUUCCACCCACCUGCCCAUCUUCAGGCCAAGAUCAAAGCAGCACAACACCAAGUCAACCAGGCUGCUGCAGCCCAGGCUGCGGCUGCAACGGCGGCUGCAAUGACUCAGUCGGCUGUCAAAUCACUGAAGCGACCCCUCGAGGCAACCUUUGACCUGGGAAUCCCUCCAGCUGUUCUCCCCCCAUUGCCAAAGAGACCUGCACUUGAGAAAGCCAAUGGUGCCACCACAGUCUUUAAUACUGGUGUUUUCCAAUACCAACAGGCCCUUGCCAACAUGCAGUUUCAGCAACAAACAGCCUUUAUACCAUCAGGCUCAAUAUUGUGCAUGACACCUGCUACAAGUGUUGUUCCCAUGAUGCACGGUGCUACGCCCGCCACUGUGUCAGCAGCCACAACAUCUGCCACAAGUGUUCCCUUCGCUGCAACAGCCACAGCCAACCAGAUACCCAUAAUAUCUGCCGAUCAUCUGACUAGCCACAAGUAUGUAACUCAGAUGUAAGAGUUCCCUCACAAAACAAUCAUACUAAAGAAAAAUGUGCACUAGUAACAUUUCAGGAUAAAUGUUAUUGGGGCAUGUAAAUAAUAAUUGAACAGACAACCUCAGCAAAAGUGCGGUGGCAACAUGCAUGCUAGCAACACCGAAGGAUGGGCAGAAGACACAAACUUCAAGAUGUCACACACUGACACCUGUGUGCUCUGAAUAAUACAAAAGUGAAAGCUGAGGUGAAGCAUGUUGCUGCCCAAGUACACCAUUGUCUGCCUUUUCUGAUUCAUGUUAUGCAUACCUUAUUGUAUAUGCAUUCAAAAUGUAAACAUUACCAAAUGUAUCUGGCUCACCUGAAAAGGCAGGCUGUGGUGUAACUUUGCAAGUCUAACAUGUUGGUACGUCUGUAGACCAAGAAAUAUUUUUAUUAUUAAAAUUAUUAUUAUAAUUAUUAUUAUUAAUUAUAUAUUUCUUUCAUGGUUUACAAAUAACAAAGGUGCACCUUGUGUUUUAAAAAAAAAAUCUAAAACAAAAUGCCAUUGUAGGUGAGAGUCAAUUGUGCAUGCACAGUGUUCUAUAUAUAAGGGUUAUAUUUUUAAUGUACUAGAUUGUAAGAGGACGUUAAGGAGGUAUUUGACAGAGAUGAAUGUGCUGAGCAAAACCACAACUGUGUAUGUCUUAAAGCAAACCAUAGCUUUAAGAACCAUGUUGUAGGAUCCACAUUAAGUGCCAUAUAGACUGUACAUCCAACUAGAGUAUUAAUACUGCAGUGUUAAUGUGUUUACCUGAUUAUCAUCACUAUACUUUUUUGUGUUAAUAUUUUGUAGAAGGCAUCACUAUUGUUUUAUUUGGUGUUACUGCCUUAGAAAUGGCACCCUUAGAACAGCCAGUCAUCGUUACAGUCUCUACAUAUGGGGUAUCUUGUAACAUUAGUGACGUGUUCUGUUUUAGGACCUCUGUCAUGCCUAUCAGAGAGUAACAGUAAAGAGCUAUAUUCUGACUAUUCUGUGGGAACCAUUUCUGAGGGAAAAAUGUUGGCAAGAGACUUUUUGGCGCAGGUUACUUAUUUUUUCUUUAAGCCUCAGUCAGGAGUCUGUCAGUAGACUAUAAAUGCUUAGCGGAGGAGGGUUUUGCUAUCAGCUGAAUGUCACACCCUAGUCACUGUCUCAAAGGCAGUGUGACUCUAAACUUUGAAUGAAGCACUGUCAAAUGAUGCAUGGGAAACCAAAUCAUUCAGUAAAUUGAGAUGUUUAAAGUAGUUACAGGGUAGGAGAUGUAUUCGGGUGAAUUUUCUAUGUGAUUUUAAUUUUAUUAUUUUAUUUUUUUAAAGGUUAAUUGCAAGUAGCCUUAGGCAGCCUCGAGAAACAGAAUAAAUAUUUAGCAAUGCUAUCUUGUUUUUAUCUUUUUUUUUAUAAUUUUCUUUUUUUAAUAUGAUUGGUUCAUCCAAAGGUAUUCCUUUUUUGUUAAUUUUUUUGGCUGAUUGUGAAGAUUAGUUCAGCUCUCUUCAGUUGAUGUACAUGUUACUGAAGAGGGGCCUUAUUCUUGGUAUUAUUAUAACGUGGAAAUGGAAGAGGUGAGAAUUCAGUUCUAGAAUUUUCCAUACUUCCUAGCCUAGCUAAUUCUAAGUUUUUGCCGGAGUGAUAUGUUCAGUAGUACAAGAAUGAUGUUUUAAUUUUACUGAUUGUACUAUACAUUUAAUAAAGCCUUAGAUUACAUUGUGGGGUUCAGAACCCAGUAAAAUGUAAUUUCAAUCAUGAUAAAAUAAUAACGAUAAUGAACACAUUAUUUUAGAUCUCAUAGAAAGAUUUUUUUCUUGUUACAUUCAUAGAUUUUUCUUACAUUUUUAUUAGGUUGUUUUAGUUUUAUAUUUUAAAACAAAAAAAAUUUUACUAUUUAGUUUGUAGAUGUUUUGUUUUCAUUAGAUUUUACUAAAACUUUUUUAUAGAGUGUUAUUUUAAAGUAGGUAUUUUUUUUUCUCAUAACAUACUCAAAAGUUUUAAUUUCACAUGUAGUGUCCAUUAUGUAUUCGUAUUGUUAUUUGUAAACUCAGAUGUUUUUAUUUUUAUUUUACUUACUAGUGACUUGUAAGAAUAUCAGUCAUUUUUCUUGUCUUGUUGCAUUCUUUGAACAAAGAAGAUCUUUUAUAUUGGAUAUCUUACAAUGAGCAAAUCGUUGCUAAGUACGAAGUUAAGUUGUUGCUAUGGCAACAAUCCUGGCAGACAAUUGAGUAAUAUUUUGAUGAUUCAUUUUGUUUGUAACUAUUCAUUAUAUAAACAAAAAUCUAGUUCCUAGAUGUUAGAGUAAAAGUUAUUUUCUACUGUAUCCAUUUCAAAUAGUUAAAUAUUGUUUAAAUAUUUUAAAUCCCUGGAUGUCAGGCCUUGUUAAAACUAGAUAAAAAGCUGCAUAAUCAAUAGAUCAAGGGAUUUUGUGAAUAAUUAAAAUAAAGUUUACGUCAGAAGGUGAAUUCACGGAGCUAAUGAACUCUUGGAGGUUGAUUAUGCUGUCGUUAAAAGUGAAGAAACCUAUGGGAAGGUUGACUUUUUGCACUUCUGUAUAUAGUCAAAAAAGAAAGAAACAUGUAUAAUAAGAAGAUCUUAUUUUGAAUAAAAAAAUGUCUAUAAUUACAAGGAAUUUUGUUAGGUUAUUAAAAAAUGACAGGCUGAACAAAAUUGCUUGCAAAAGUGGCACAGAGUUAGCACUCCACACUCCACCCCACCCACCCUUCAAAUAAGGCAAAUUGUUGCUUUGCUAUUUUGUGAACAGCUUGUAGUUUGCCAGCCAGAAAGAGACGCCAUGUUUAUAAAUUACGUGACUGACGAAAUACUACUCCAAUACCACCCUGCCUUAAGAUCACAGCCAAGAGCAGGUACAGUACUUCAGCCAUUAGGUUAAAAAUCAUACAGUAAAUCAAUUUCUUCAGUACAUUAUUCAGAACUAUUGCAUGUUUAGAAAAAGAAAAAACAGUCUUGGGGAAAAAAUAGCAAGAUAUAUACACACUAUAAUUAUAAAGUAUUGACAGAUAAUUUCAGUGGUUUAUUGUUCAAGAGUCUAAAACAAAUAUUCACUUUCACAGAUUAAUACAAAUAAGAAAAUGAAAACACGCCAUUGCUGUAAUUGUCCCAUGAAUUUGUUUGCUAUUGUAAACUCUGUACUUUUAGCAGAUGAAAUCCUCAAAUAUAAUUCUAUAUCAGAUCAAUACAUUUUAACUGCCUGUUCUGGCAUUUAAAAUAACACAUGUAACAGCCAAAGUUAAUUUCUUUAAGAAAAAUUAGUGAUAUCAGUCUACUAGUUUAUCUGAUAGUCUUAAUAUUCAAUAUUGCUUUAAUGUCUUGCAAUCCAAAUCCUUCAUCUGCUGGAAGGACAAGUGCUUGGUUUUUGCUGUUGUGUAAUCAUAGAAUUACUUUUUGCUUGUAGUUGCUGCAAAUAAUGUACUCUGUCCUUUGCUGCAAUUUGUUUUAUGCUAAUUUUAUUAUUACUGCUACAUUUGAUUCUUGCUGUUAUGAAUAAAAGAUAAAAUAAAGUUGAAUUGCUCUAAA